AAGAAGAAGUGGCGCGAAUAUCUCGUUGCUGCCUACCCCGCGUUCCCAUGCCCUCGGGUAAUCGAAGAGAGACCGCUGGCCUCUGAAACUGACGAGGACGUAAGGGCGGUGGGGAAGGUCAAGACGUGAGACCAGCAAAUGCCAAGCGUCCGACGGCGAGACGAUGAGGCUGUUGCUGGUGCUGCUGUUCGGCGUGAUUCUGGCCAAGGCCAGCACGAUGGACAACUAUGCGGGCAGCAGCGUCAGUGGGGCCGAGGAGGAUGAGCUCGCUCGCGUCAAGAUAGCCAAAUGCUGCGAGGGUACGGAGCUGCUCCUGGAUAGCGUCUGCGUGCCGAUAUCGGAGACGAACGAGACGAAGCCGUGGAGGCCCGAGUUCCAAAGCGAUGACAGCUACGAGGGGGCCAAGCCCGUCAAGGAGCCCAAGUACCUUCUAAAGUACGGGCCGCCCCGCUGCCGCGCCAACGAGAAUCAAUGGGAGGUGUAUUAUUACCCGUCCAGUCCCGACACCCUGGUCGUACUGACCAAUGGCAAGCUAAGGCAUUACAUUCCCGAUCAGGUGGACGAAGUCGAGAAAGCCAAAGAAAUGUAUGGGAUGGAGUUCCUGGAACUGGAGGAUGUGCAAGCCAAAGCUAUUCAUUAUGAUUAUCCUUUUGGUCACUAUUGCGCCGACAAGGCAAUAUUCACCAAGAAUCACCUUAUAGCUACGUACGCCAAGAUAUGCGUGCCUAGACCAAUCAAAUGGGCAAAUACGGAUAACUUGAUGAAGAAGGCCAUCGAUCCUGCGUUGCACGCCAUUGCCAUGGUUAGUUACCUGGUGGUAGCUAUAGUAUAUUUUGUCUUGCCUCAAUUAAGGGACCUUGUGGGAAAUAUCAUUACUACUAUGACACUGUGCCUUAUCGUUAAUCAGAGUGCCUCUCUUGUCAGGAUAUUUACAGAAUUUGGAAACCAUGUCAGUUUUCUCAUAGCAGAUUCGGUCAUGUAUGUGUCACUAUUGGCUGCUUUCUUCUGGCUCAAUGCCUUAGGUUACUACGUGUGGAAUACAUUCAGAUCGAGAAACGUAUUUCUCAGAAGCACAGAUGGACGAAAAUACUGCUGCUAUUCAACUUUUGUGUGGGGUUCGACAGUCGCUAUAGCAGCAACUGCUAUUUUUGCACAUUUCACUUUAGAGACAAAGAAGCCAAUUAUUGGUGGGGUAGCAUUCGCUGCACAAGAAACCGUAGGUUGGUUAGGACUCUCCGUUCUUUUUACAUCCGUGGCAUUUACUAUUAUCGUAGACUUGUGCUUUGUCCUUACAACAAUAAAUAAGAUAAAGCGGAUGCGUACGUACGGAAGGAUUCAUCAUAAAAUGAAAUACAGUUUCCGAAUGUUUAUCCUAAUCUACGCUAUAAUGAGCGUAGGAUGGAUUUCACUUUUACUUUCACUUCUUAAAUACGAUGGCCUAAUAUAUUGUCACAUAGUCGUCAAUGUAUUUCAAGCACUUCUCAUACUCUAUGUUUGUGUAUUUGGACAAAAGAGAGUUACAUUUUUACUUGGAAAAACGUGCAAUUGUUGCACUUCAAAUGACAAUGCAGAAGGCUUGGAUUGGGGUGAAGAAAUGACUGCAAUUAAUGCUGGAUAUUAAUUUAUAUUGUAAAGAGAUAAUAUUGCACAACCCGUGAAUAUAUAUAUAUAUA